AAUGUAUGUAUAAUGGUUGCUAAGGGAAGGGACCUCAGGAUCGAGGUUGCGACUCUGGCAGUUGUUGUUGCGGCAGCAUGUGUGCUGUCUUGUAACAAUUGGCGUAAAAAUCGCCUAGUCUCUUGGUUAUUGAGUUUCGGGACCUCUUUCGACAAUAUAUACCAGUUGAUUCCUAUACUACAAAAGAACUCCAAGGCGCUAUUCUUAGUUUUCAAUGACAUUGCCAGUUCGAUCAACAGCGUUGCCGCGGCGCACAAUGGUGAAACUCCAUUAUCCAAAGAUGCUGUCCGUGCCAUUCUUGAUCAGGAAUGGGUCCAGAUAAAGCUGCGUAAUGUACAGGAUUCUGUUCUCGAAGAGUUUGGUGUGGAUGCUGCAACACUUGAUGAAGCCAUCAAUCGAUUUAAAAGCGACGACCAAGUGCAAAUGUACAUCAAUGGAGUGGAAAUGAUGUACAACGCCGUUCUUGACGGCGGGUACCCGAGGUGCCCGGGAGUGGAACACUAUGAAGGUGUAACCAAGGCAUUCGUGUUAUCGGUAAUAUCCAAAGUGGUGAAAGCAAAGCAAUUGCUGCUGAAAGAAUCAAAAGGGAGUGUCACACUGCCGGAAAGCACCGAGGUGGACAUUAUCUACAGAGAAAUGCAACGCUUCGGUUGUACCAAUCCGCUGGACGCCUUUAUCGCAUUCAAAAACACAGAAAACUGUUACCAAUACGACUUUGAGUUCGUGCAAGCACGGCAGAAGUUGUACCUUGGCUACGACCACAGUGAUGUUAGUGAAGUGGCCACCUCAGAUGCAGACAUCCCACGUGUAAGUGCAGAAGAAUUAGAACUAAUGUUGGAAACCAUGGAGGCUGAAGUCCCUCUUUACUUGUUGGUAUCUGAAUCUAACCAUUUGCCACUUGGUUUCGUAUCAUUUAUAAGGGACAGGUCCAAAAUGGAACCGAAGGCUGCCUUCGCCUGGAUGCCCCUUGCGGAAUGCCCACAGACAUACAAGUGUAAAGCAUACCCAGCAGCAAUUCGCUUUGUUGGAGGUGUGCCAAAGGAUACCAUCGUAGAUAUCGGCCGGUGACGACAC